AUGCACUCCAAACUACCUAAACCGACACUUUAUAGCCUGUCCGAGUUUCACCCUUGGUCAGUCAAGUAUGCACAGAGCCUCUUUGACUGCAUCCUUCAUACCGACCCAGCGGCCAAGGAUUGGCGGUCCAAGGCAAACACCAUACUCGUCAAGGAUUAUCCUAUCACGGGAGAGGAUUUGCUCGCCCCGCCGCUGUUGCGAGCCAUCAGCAAGCAAGCUGUCGGAACAGAGAACAUUGACACGGAAUCCUGCGCUGAGCUUGGCGUCAAGGUUUUCAACACGCUCGGCGUGAACGCCAGCGCUGUUGCGGAAAUGGCGCUUGCCCGGACGUUGAGCAGCGCGCGUGACAUUCCCGGCCUGCGGUACCGACAGCAUGCGCUCCGCCAAUCAAUCCGGAAUGAGACCUGCAACGGCAUUUUGCUGACGGGCUCUACUGUCGGGAUCAUCGGACUGGGCAACAUUGGCGAAGCGGUUGCUAACAUGUCCAUCCGGGCCUUCGCUUCCAAUACUGUAGCAUAUGACCCGUUCAUGCCCGACGAUGUUUGGGCAGACAUUCUUCACCAUAGAGUCACGACAUUGGACGAAGUGCUGACCGGUGCGGAUGUCGUCACCCUACAUGUUUACUUGACAAAACAGACCGCUGGCCUCAUCUCUUAUCCGAAGCUACAGCGCAUGAAACGGACAGCGAUCCUCAUCAACGCUGCUCGGGGUGGCAUCGUGGACGAAGACGAUCUUCACGGUGCGCUUGAUGAGAACCUCAUCCGGCGGUGCGGCCUCGAUUGCCACGUCCAGGAACCGCCGACCUUUGACAAAUAUCAAACUCUUUGGGCGCACGAUCACUAUGUUGACACCCCCCCACGUGCCUGCUGCGAUGGAUGCAACCCAGAUGGCUACAGCCAAUGCCGCGAUUGA